UACAUUAGACUUUGCACUUCGUCGAAACGCACGUGCGGUAGAGAAAAGCGGCUCAGAGUGUUUCAGAGUUAGUGUGCUUCCUCGUGAAAGGAGUUGGAACGUUGUUUUCGAACGAAAUUCUGAGAGGUGUGCGUGCGGUGUUACUGUGGUUAAUAAAGAACUGACGGUUUAAACGGGAGCCUUGUGAAACUUUAUAAGGGAUUGUCAGAGAAAGAUGACAUUGGGAGCACAAAUCGAGGCCUCCACGGAAAAUGGGAGUAUGAAAAUCCCUCUGUUGAACGGCAACGAGGAUCAAACAGCUACUGAUAUGAAGGAAACCGCGGAGGAGACCGGAAGUACGAGCACAGCCUCGAAAAACGUUGUCGAGAAGGGUGAAGUGGAAGCGACGAAAGAAAAAGGAGACGAGAAUGAAAAGGAAAAGGAAAAGGACGAGGAAAAGGAUAAGAAGAACGAUAAGAGUGAGAAGGAUGGAGAUGGUGAUAAGGAUGGUAACAGCGAGCAAGAAAUUGUUUUUAUUCAAGACAUGGGAUUCACUGUUAAAAUAGUUAGUCCAGGUGCUGAACCCUUUGAUAUACAAGUUUCCAGUAUGGAGCUGGUACAGGAGAUCCAUCAGUUGCUGAUGGACCGCGAGGACACCUGCCACCGUACAUGUUUCUCCCUACAGCUGGACGGCAACACCUUGGAUAACUUUGCCGAAUUGAAGAAUAUCGAAGGUCUGAAAGAAGGUUCGGUGAUUAAAGUAGUAGAGGAACCAUACACGAUGCGGGAAGCUCGUAUACACGUGCGACACGUUCGUGAUCUGUUGAAGUCUGUGGAUCCUGCGGACGCUUACAACGGCGUCGAGUGUGCCAGUUUAUCGUUCCUAAACGUCGUCACGAACGGCGACAUCCUCGAGAAGAAAAAGAGCAGGGCGGAUUCGGUCGACUGUACUCCACCUGAUUACAUUAUACCCGGCUGUAAAGAUAGACCGUUACUACCUCUACAACCGCAAGCCAAAGAGCAGAAGUGUCCUCCUUGUUUAAAAGUUUUAACGACUUCCGGAUGGAAUCCACCACCGGGCCACAGAAAGCUUCACGGUGAUUUGUUAUACUUACACGUUGUAACGUUAGAGGAUAAGCAAUACUAUUUGACUGCGUGCGCCAGAGGAUUCUUUGUCAAUCAGUCAACAAAAGAGGUGUUUAAUCCAAAACCAGCGACCCCGAGUCAUCUGUGUCACAGCUUAAUUGAACUACUGAAUCAGCUUAGCCCGGCAUUUAAACGGGGUUUCGCUGCUAUGCAAAGGCGAAGAACCCAACGGCAUCCAUUUGAAAGAGUUGCCACACCGUAUCAACUCUAUGCGUGGUCCGCGCCUCAGAUUGAACACACGAUUGACGCGAUACGCGCCGAAGAUACUUUCUCCUCCAAGUUGGGCUACGAGGAGCACAUCCCUGGACAAACUAGAGACUGGAACGAGGAGUUACAGACAACAAGAGAGCUGCCACGUAAAAAUUUACCAGAAAGACUGCUUAGGGAACGCGCUAUUUUCAAAGUUCAUAGUGAUUUCGUUGCGGCUGCAACUCGAGGAGCAGUAGCCGUGAUAGACGGUAAUGUGAUGGCAAUAAAUCCAGGGGAAGAGGCAAAAAUGCAGAUGUUCAUUUGGAACAAUAUCUUCUUCUCGCUUGGAUUCGACGUUAGAGAUCAUUACAAAGAGUUAGGCGGUGAUGCUGCUGCUUUUGUCGCGCCUCGUAAUGAUCUUCAAGGUGUCAGAGUAUACGCUGCCGUUGACUUACCUGGUCUUUAUACACUCGGUACCGUUGUAAUCGAUUAUAGAGGAUAUCGUGUCACCGCUCAGUCGAUCAUCCCAGGAAUCUUGGAACGCGAGCAGGAGCAAUCUGUUGUUUAUGGUUCCGUAGAUUUUGGUAAAACGGUUCUCACGCAUCCCAAGUACCUUGAAUUGUUGAACAAAACUGGUCAACAAUUAAAAAUUCUUCCACAUAAAGUAAUCAACGAUGCCGGUGAAGAAAUUGAACUUUGCAGUAGCGUGGAAUGCAAAGGAAUCAUCGGUAAUGAUUCUCGACAUUACGUGCUGGAUUUGUUACGGACUUUCCCUCCUGAUGUUAAUUUCCUUAAAUUGGAAGGCGUCGAGCUAAGCAAAGAAGCUAGAGCUUUAGGUUUUCCAAUCGAGCACAAGCAUAAAUUAGCUUGCCUUCGUCAGGAACUGAUUGAUUCCUUUGUUGAAGCUAGAUACGUCCAAUUCAUUAAGCACGCCGCUGUUCAUCUUCAACAAUUAACGUCUGCGAGAAGAGUGCAGAAGGAGAAGGAAACUAUUGUUAAGGAAGGUAAAAAAGAAGAAUCAAAUGUCGUUGCAGUGGAUAGUAAUAAGGAAGAUUCUACUCAUGCGUUAAUUGAAACAGACGAGGCCAAAAAGAUUGUGGAGAGUAUUACUGAUUCCAUUACUGGUGGAGAGAAACAAGAAUUGGAAGAGAGUACGAAGGAAAUAGUUCGAAGAGCUGCCGCAGCUGUUGGAAGUUUGCGAGAAGCUGAAUUCGACGUUAGAUUUAAUCCAGACGUAUUUUCGCCGGGUGUAAAACAUCCAGAUCCAAAUGGUCCUGCGUUAAAGAAACAGAAACAGUUGGUGCAAGAUGCUGCCGACUUUUUAUUGACUGUACAAAUUCCUACUUUUAUUCGAGAGUGUUUGGAUCACACAGCUGCUGCGAUGGACGGUAGUACAUUAGUGGAAGCUUUGCACGGUAAAGGUAUCAAUGUACGGUAUCUUGGUAAAUUGGCUGCCAUGUUAGCUAACGUUCCACAGUUACAGUAUCUUAAACGUAUCGUUGUUUCGGAACUUAUUUUACGUUCAGCAAAACACAUCUUCACGUUUUACAUGCAGGGUACAGAAUUAAUGAGCCUAUCUGCAGCAAUUAGUCAUUUCUUGAAUUGCUUAUUGUCUUCAGCACAAAUCAUUCAUCCGCAACAGAAUCUAGAAGAGCUUCAGAGUAAAACUGCCAAGCGACGCAACAAAAGGAAAGGUAGAAAUAAUGGUCCGCAGCAGUCCGAGGUGGAAUGGGCUUCCUUAACACCAAAGUCUCUCUGGCAACAAAUUAAAGCGGAUCUGAAAAGUUACUACGAUUGGGAAACACCGUGCCCGGAGUCAUUGGACGCUACGAUAGAGAAUUUUCAUCUUCAGAAAAUCUCUCUGCUGCGCAACUUCUGUAUAAAGACUGGUAUUCAAAUAUUGUUACGCGAAUACAACUUUGAAAAUAAGAACAGAGCGACGUUCUUCGAAGAAGAUAUCCUCAGUAUAUUCCCUGUUGUUAAACAUAUCAAUCCUAGGGCAAGCGAUGCGUACAAUUUCUACACGACAGGUCAAAGUAAAAUUCAGCAAGGUUAUUUGAAAGAUGGAUAUGAAUUGAUCAGUGAGGCAUUAAAUCUCUUAAAUAAUGUUUACGGUGCUAUGCAUCCUGAAAUCGCGCAGUGUCUUAGAAUGCUUGCGCGAUUAAAUUACAUAAUGGGUGAACAUGGAGAAGCUCUUGCUACUCAACAAAAAGCAGUUCUUAUGUCGGAAAGAGUUAAUGGAAUUGAUCACCCAUAUACCAUUACAGAAUAUAUUCAUCUAGCUCUAUACUCCUUUGCCAAUGGUCAAGUGUCUGUGUCAUUGAGGUUACUAUACAGGGCGCGAUAUUUGGCGUUAUUAGUUUGCGGUGAAGAUCAUCCAGAAGUAGCGCUUCUUGAUAGUAACAUUUCGCUGAUACUUCACGCCGUUGGAGAAUACGAAUUAUCGCUCCGCUUUUUGGAGCAUGCUUUAGCUCUGAAUCUCCGAUACCAUGGCCCAAGGUCUCUGAAAGUAGCUGUCUCUUAUCAUCUCGUUGCCAGAACUCAGUCUUGUAUGGGUGAUUUUCGUGCGGCAUUAAACAACGAGAAAGAAACUUACGCUAUAUACAAGCAACAAUUAGGCGAGGAUCACGAGAAGACCAAAGAAAGUAGUGACUGUUUGCGACACCUUACCCAGCAGGCCGUUGUUUUACAAAAGAAGAUGAACGAAAUUUAUACCGGUAAAUCCGGUGUCAGUCUGCCACCAAUUCAGGUACAACCACCCAGUAUGGGAUCCGUGCUCGACAUGUUGAACGUGAUCAACGGUAUUCUGUUCGUUCAAAUCAGUCAACAGGAUAUUGAAAACUUUAAAGCUGAAAUAGAGAAACGACAGAAAGAACAGACGCCUGACGGUGAAACCAAGGCGCUUCAAAAUGGAGGCAAGAAAGAAAAUAAGAAGGAGGACAAGGAUAAUAAUAAGAAAGAAGAAAAAGAGAAUAGAAAAAAUGAGAAAGAAUGUAAGAAAGAUGAGAAAGAGAAUAAGAAAAUAGAAAAGAAGGUUGAUGCGCAGAAAAUAGAAUUGAAGAAACUUGAAGAAAACAAGACAACGUUAGAACCAGUGGCCGCAGAAAGCUGAGCUCAUUCUAAGUCGCUAAUGAUGAUACUUAGUAGUUUUUUUUUUCUGAAUCCUAGUCUUUUCCUGCCCGCGCGUCCAGUCUUUGCAGGAGUAACGCGAGUACGGUAUACAUAAUAAAUUGAUUGGGAUUAAAACGAAUAUGGCAGUGAUUGUUCGAUGAGGAUCGUUAUUUGAUGUAUCGUAUAUACAUUUAUGAAAAAAAAAAAAAAAA